CACGGCACGCGUCUCGACUCUCGACUACGACCCUCAUUCCUGCACCAAUAUCUCAAAUCGUUUAUCGUUGGCCCCCGUACUUGCCAGCUACGAAGGCCUGGCACCACUUCCGCGGCGAUAUGGCUACAUCUACACUUUGCAAUCAAGUAGCCGAGAAGUGGCAGCGCUCGUUUGCGAAACUCAACAGGGAGAAGGAGGGGAUAACAGGAUUGCUCGAGUUUACCCGCGCCUGGCUGACGGCGAGUGACCAACUGAGACCGAGAGAUAAGUCAGGACUUGCCGUCAAGCCUCCAUACGACAAGACCAAACUACGGGAGUGUUUUGAGAUCAUUCGAUCCUGCAACCUUCAUGCUGUGUUUCUUGACGAUUACCUUGAUGCUGUCGGCCGGCAUCUACCCGCAAUAACAAGCGACAUCGAGUUUUACAUGAAGAUGUAUGAGGUGCAUAUCACCUAUCCAUUGCCAACUUUUGCCUCAUGGUUGCGCCUCAUACAGAGAGAACCAAAGGUAGAACACAUCGCAAUGCUCAUCAACAUUGCUGCACGAUGGCAGCGUGCUUGGGCACCACUUCCGGAAAUGGGCGCGAGUGCGAUUUCGGCGUUCACAUGCACGUUCCAGACACACUUGUAUUCUAUUCUGCCGCCGUCCUUCACAGAAGGCUUCCGCGACCUGAUAGCUGCCACAUUUGACUUCAAGUCUAUCGAAUCUGCCCCGGACUGGCUGCCGUUGCGCUUCCCAUGCACACCUGGUGUACCCCGACCCGAUUUUACCCUGUGGAUAGUCAUGCAGGAGCUCGGUCUUAUUGAAAGAUAUGAGACUCUCAUCCUGAGCGUGUGCUAUGAACGCAUAGAGAAGCAUAUCUCGGAGACCUGUGGCAAAGUGUGGGACCGCCAGGUGCUGCAAGAGAUGCGGGAUUGGAUGUCGCGCGAAGUGGUGACCUGGUUAACGAUGCCCUAUGCGCGGGAUGCGCGAAGUGCUGAGCACGCCGCUAUGCUCAUGAAGGGCGUAGGUUCACGGCUCGACUACCAUGUUUGCAAAACGCUCGCAGAUCUACGCACACUAGAGAUAUUCGAUAUCAUCAUCGAUUACCCGGAUUCUCGUCCUGCACUGGAUGAUCUGAAGGAGUGUCUCCAGCGUGUAGACCAACGCUCUCAGCUCGUCCAGAGUCUUCGAAAGGCCAACCGGCGGCGUCUGCUCCACCCAGGCGCAGACACCAAGCUCAUUCUCACGCAAUAUGUCUCGAUAAUUCGAUGUCUGCGUAUCAUCGAUCCCCAGGGUGUGCUUCUAUUCAAAGUUGCGGACCCAAUCCGGCGGUAUCUUCGAGACAGGCCGGAUACAAUUCGGUGCAUUGUAGCCAGCCUGGUCGGGGACGGCGAGAGCGGCGAGAGCGGCGAUUCACUGGUGGACGAGAACGAGCCAAUACAGCCCAUAAAUCAGACGCAGCUUGAAGACUACACCGAUCCUAACUGGGAGCCAGAGCCUAUCGAUGCUGGGCCAGGCAACGACAUUAUAAGCACACUCAUCAGUAUCUAUGAUUCGCAGGAGCUUUUCGUGAAGGAGUUACAGAUCUUGCUGGCUCAGCGGCUGCUCGCGAUCAAGGAUGGUAACUUCGACAGAGAGCGCCGGAAUAUCGAGAUCCUGAAGAUCAGAUUCGGCGAGGCUGCGCUGCAGGUUUGCGAGGUCAUGCUCAGGGACAUGACCGAUUCGAAGCGGAUGGACCAGCACAUCCAGCAACAGACAGCCUCCGACCUUCAUCCCACCGUCAUUUCCCGCCACUUCUGGCCUCCGUUGCAGACGAACACCUUCACGAUGUCCGGACAGUUCCGCAAAAUCCAAGAGGAUUACGCUAAUGAGUUCCACGUGUUCAAGCCCGACAAGAAGCUUGUCUGGAUGUCGCACCUCGGCUCUAUCAACUUGGAGGUCGAGCUCGACGACAGGACGGUCGAGGCCGAGGUACCUCCCCUAGAAGCUGCACUCAUUGAGCUCUUCUCAGAACAAGACGAGUGGACUGUAGCAGACCUCAUCGUCAAUGUCGGCUCGAUUGAGCGUUCAAACGCUGUCAAAGCGCUUACAACCUGGGUCGAACUGGGUGUGCUGAAGGAGGACUCGCCGGACCACUACAGGCUACUCAAGACGGCAGAAGAGGCGAGCACAAGGGCUACGGCGAGGCAACCCGCGGUCGCCGUCGAGGAGCUACCCCCGGUCGUCACGGUGCAGCAGCAGCAGGCUGAGCAGAUGAGGGUGUUCUGGAUGUACAUUGAGGGCAUGUUGAAGAAUCUCGGACAGCUUCCGCUGGACCGGAUACAGCAAAUGCUCAAGUUUGCGCCGAACUACGACCGGAACAUCGACCAGCUUGCGGCAUUCAUGGAGGCCGCGCGGCGAGAAGGGCUUGUCACCGUAACGAACGGUUUGUGGAAGCUACAGAGCAAGUAGGCGUGCGUGAAGCUCCUCCACUAGAUGUUAUACUCUCGUAUUUCAGGAUCACAUCGACAAUCUCGGCGUGACAGAACAAAUCUACAGAUACGUUAUACACAAGAAAACGCGCAAAGUAAGGGCCUGAUGUGCACUGGUUAAGAAAAU